CAGGCCUGACUAGUAGCGCCAGAAGGGAGGAUGUAUUGCACCGUAUGAACCAGGAAGUGAAAGAAACUUAGCGAAUUAUUGCUUGUAAUAGAUCAAGAAACAUCGUUGUAGGUUCAAAGUUUUGAAAAAAUAUGUCUGGUAAUAGUGUUCUUAUUUUAUUUGGUCUCAGUUGCUUGCUAUCAGCAUGUUGUGGAACAGUAUAUCCACCAACAAACGGGACGAGAUUGACUCUUUUAAAAGGAUCAACUGCGAGAAUAUCCUGGAGAUUUGAUGGUGUAGGGACAAUUAAUGCUCGAUCUUGGUAUUUUCAAAGUAUUGACGCGUCACGAGAAGAAACAAUUGCAUUACUUCCUCGAAACAAUGUCUCUGAUAUACCAAAAAGCAGCUUACCUCGUGUAAAUGUAGAGAAACCAGCAACUCUGAUUUUACAAAACUUAACUGAGAAAUAUAAUGGAACGUACAGGUUUGAACUUGCAGCAGCUGGUGGAGGCGAUUCUAGCAUCGUGGUUUAUAUUGCAGUUACCCCAUCGGUGUCAAUCAGUUGUUCCCGUGUGAACACAGUGAAUACAAGCGAUGAAUUUUCAUGUGUAUGCAGAGGGGAGGGUGGGAACCCCCCUGCAAACGUCACGUGGUAUAAAGGAAACAAAAUUAUGGCCACAGGAAUUGUAGAAGCAAAAUUAAAAUUCUCAAACGUUGAUAAAGACGACAGCGGAAACUACACGUGUGUUGCUGAAAGCCACGAGAAGGCAAAAAAUUAA